UCUAUAUAUCUACCAGCUCCUUGCUUCCCUUCUCUCACACUUUUAUUGACAGAAACAGUCUGGUUAUAUUAGUUACUACUAGCUAGUCCUGUAGCUACGUACUGAUCAAAUAUGGCCAGUAGUACUGAAUUAGGUGAUCAUGAUCAUGAUGAAUACUUGAUCAGUAAAGUUUCAAUCACCGAAACCGUACUGGUGUCUUCUGCACCAGUUUUGCAGCAGCCUCCAAAAGUUGUCAGCCUCUCAAACUUGGACCGCCAGUGUCCACUUCUUAUGUACUUGGUUUUCUUUUACAAAUAUCCCACCACCUCCUCUGUUGAUCAUAAUCGAAUUUGGUCGCUUGAUUCAGUUUUUCAAAGCUUGAAGUCAGGCUUGGAAGAGACUUUAUCCAUUUGGUACCCAGCGGGAGGUAGAUUGAUCAUGACCAGCUCCACCGACGACGACAAAGUCCUUAGAUCUAAUGAUGUUUAUCAUGAGACUAAUAAUUCUAAGCAGUCGCUUGGCGGUCUUAACUUGUUGUGCAACAACAAAGGUGCUGUUCUUGCCAAGGCAGCCACUGUGGUUAAGAUAUCAGAGCUUGGAGACCUCUCUCAAUAUAAUGACUUCUUCGGAAACUUGGUUUACAAGCCUCCUCCUCCUGUGCUUGAUGAUCAACAUGAAGAUCAUUUCUCUCAGAUGCCUUUAGUUGCUGCUCAGGUGACCAAGUUUGGAUGCGGAGGGUACUCAAUUGGCAUUGGCAUCAGCCACUCGUUGUUUGAUGGACCAGCUGCAUAUGAGUUUAUGUGUGCAUGGGCUUCUAAUUCUGCUAUCAAACCAAAUAAAAACAAAUUAGACGUCAUAAUGGAUGAUGAGCUGCAGCCUAAACCAGUAGUACUGGUGCACGAUAGAGACGCACUGUUGAUGAUGGUUGACAAUUAUUCAUGUCAUGAUGACGAUAACGAUGACGAUGAAGGGGUUAGCUGUAGGGCUGCUGCCAUAGAUCAUUUAUAUCAACUGAUAAUGCAAUCAGCAGCAGCAGUUGCAUCCACUGAUCUCCUGAUGAUCAAGAGUAGCAAUGAUGAUGAUAAUUAUGUUCACAAGACCUUUCAUUUGAGCAGUGCAUUCCUCAACUGUUUGAAGAAGCAGGUUGUUGGUGACAACUUUUCAUGUUCCUCCUUUGAACUUGUAGCAGCUCACCUCUGGAAGGCGAAGACUUUGGCUUUAGGAUUGAGCAUGGAAACAAUGGUGUGCUUGCAAUUUGCUGUGGACGCGAGGAACAAGGUGGACCCUCCACUUCCUCAAGGUUUCACCGGCAACGCUUACGUCCUGGCCUCUGUUGCGCUCACUGCCUCACAGGUUGUUGACCAAUCCGACCACAAAGCCAUUGUUGACAAGAUAAGAGAAGCCAAGAAGUCUGUGACAAACAAGUACGUCAAGUCGUACAUGGAGGCGGUUGCAGGUGGUGGAUCCCAGCAGACUUCUCUACCUCCUCUCAAGGAGCUCACCUUAGUGUCUGAUUGGACCAGAAUGCCCUUCCACAAGGUUGGUUUCUUACAAGGAGAAGCAGAUUAUGCUUCUCCGUUGGUCGCUCCAGUGACAGAGGUUAUUUAUUUCAUGCAGAAUCCAAAGGAUGACAAGGGCAUUGACAUGAGAAUUGGAUUGCUUCCGCAAUACCACGAUGCCUUCACUCGCUAUUUCCUCACCAAUACCAACUGAAAUCUUCCGGUACUGUUAAAAGUUUGAAGUGAAACUCACAGUUGGACAUUGUUAAUCAUGAGAAUUCAGUUGAUUUGGCCUUUGAAGGAAGUGGUUGGUUUGGUACUAAUGUGGUCCGUGAAAAGAUUAUAAAUGGGAUUGUGUUUAAUGAUUGUGAUUUAUCAUAAGCUAUUCAAAGAAUCAAAAACCAAUUAUUAAUUGCAUAAUUAUGAAAUGG